AUAAUCGAUGGGACGACCUGGCGAGGGAGCAGUGCCGAUUAAGACAUGGACGGCAACGGUCCGCCGCCGGCGAUGGUGUCCACCAAGAAGAGAAUCAGCCCUCCGAUCUGCUGGGGCCUCGGUCUCGUCAACAGGGACACUUUUAAGACGGUUAAAGUGAUCCUAAUGGGCCAAUCGGGUGUCGGCAAGUCAGCUUUAGCGGUGCGGUUCGCCACGAGGCGCUACAUCGGCGAAUAUGACUGCACCACGGAGAGGAUUUAUCGGGUGGACAAUCAGCUGGGAUGCUCGUGGGAAAUAGCGGAUCCGCCGGGUUACCCGGCGGCGUCGACGGAGCCGAAAUUACGAUGGGCCGACGCGAUAGUUCUCGUUUACUCCGUGACCGACCGAGUCAGCUUCGAGGAGACGUCCCGGUUGAGGUUCCUGGUGUCGCACGCGAGACGAGGUAGAAAGGUGCCGCCGGUCGUACUGCUUGUGGGAAACAAGGCCGAUCUCUCUGGCUCCCCCGGCGAGCGCAUGGUGUCCGCCCUGGAAGGCCAGAAAAGGGCAAAAGAAAUCGAGGCUCACGCUUUCCACGAGGUUUCCGCGAGGGAAUCGGUUGACCAGGUCAUGGCCGUAUUUAUGAACAUAUUAAGACUAUUGACGGAAUUGCCGGCCAUUCCGGGAAACCAGCCGACGUCUUUCAGAACGAGAGCCUGCACAGACGGCUCCAUCACCACGUAUCGCCGGUCGUCUCCCCCACCGACGAGAAGAAGGUUCAGCAUUUCCGCACGUGGCACUUUACUGUAAUCGUCUAAUUCUUCUCCCGGCAGGCGCGAUGUGUACUUCGUAACUACUACUUCAUCAUGACAACUUAUCCCGCUAGAAAUAGAGGAAAACACCACAUGCGAUUUUAGCCGUUUUAAUAAAACUGUAUUUAUAAAAAAAAAAAAUAAGAGAAACAGCUACCCGCGUCUUUUGGUUCUCAUCGAUAACACAAAUAUAUACAGAAUGUAUCACUAAGUCACCCUCCUCACCGUCCGGUAAAUAUCGAUUAAAAGUAACAUUAUAACAAUGCUAUUAUUUCCUACUUGACAAUGUAGUGUAAUCGUUAUAUACGUAGCAUACACUGCAUUCGUAUUGUUGGGUGAACAAUUCUGACACCGAUGUGUGUUAUUGUUGGUUGCUGAUUAUCGGGCGCGUAUUCUUCGAUUGAGUCGCGGUGUCCCUUCCACGAUAACGUCGCGACGCACUGCGGUGCGAACUGAAUUUCCAUCGAGGAAAUAGGUGAAGAGGAGAAAACGGACGAUGAAUC